CGCUGCGGGCAGUCAGGGCGGCGCGCUGCCAUGGAGCCCUCCUGGCUGGAGACUCGCUGGACGCGGUCCUUCUACCUGGCCUUCGUGUUCUGCCUGGCCCUGGGGCUGCUGCAGGCCAUCAAGCUCUACCUACGGAGGCAGAGAUUGCUGCGCGACCUGAGCCCCUUCCCCGCGCCCCCCGCUCACUGGUUCUACGGCCACCAGAAGUUACUUCAAGAGGGUAAAAUGGAGAAACUGGAGGAGUUUGUUGAAACGUAUCCUUGUGCCUUUCCUUGCUGGGUUGGACCCUUUCAGGCAUUUUUCUAUAUCUAUGACCCAGACUAUGCAAAGACAUUUCUGAGCAGAACAGAUCCCAAGUCCAAGUCCCUCUACAAGUUCUUGAUGCCAUGUCUUGGAAAAGGACUGGUGAGUCUCAAUGGACCUAAGUGGUUCCAGCACCGUUGCCUACUAACUCCUGCAUUUGAUUUGAACAUCUUGAAGUCUUAUGUGGAGGUGAUGGUUCAUUCUACGAACACAAUGCUGGGUAAGUGGGAGAAAAUGUGCAGCACUCCGAACACAACUGUGGAAGUCUUCGAGCACAUCAGCCUGAUGACUCUGGACAUUCUCAUGAAAUGUGCUUUCAGUCAGGAGACCAACUGCCAGAUAAAUAGCACCCAAGAUCCUUAUGUAAACGCCACAUUUGAAGCCAGCAAAAUCAUCUUUUACCCUUUGUAUAGUUUCUUACCUCACCCUGACAUAAUUUUCAAAUUCAGCCCGGAGGGUCAUGGCUUACAGGAGAUAAGCACCGUGCUGCAUCAGUAUACAGAAAAGGUAUUCCAGGAUAGAAAGAAAUUCCUUAAGGAUGAGAAGAAUCAGGAUAACACUCAGAAGAGGAAAUGCCAGGAUUUCUUAGAUAUUCUCCUUUCCACUCAGGCUGAGAACGUCGAAAGCUUUCCAGAUGCUGACCUGCUGUCUGAAGUGAACACGUUUUUACUGGCAGGGCAUGACACCACAGUAGGGGGCAUCUCUUUGCUCCUCUACCACCUGGCUCUGAAUCCUGAGCACCAGGAGAGAUGCCGAGAAGAAAUCAGGAUCGUCCUGGGGAACGGGUCUUCCAUCACCUGGGACCAGCUGAGUGAGCUGUCGUACACCACAAUGUGUAUCCAGGAGAGUCUCCGACUGGCCCCUCCAGUCCCGUCUGUUUCCAGAGAACUCAGCAAGCCCAUUACCUUCCCCGAUGGACGCUCCUUGCCUGCAGGGAUAACUGUGGUUCUCAGCAUUUGGGGUCUUCACCACAAUCCUUCCAUCUGGGAGGAUCCAAAGGUCUUUAACCCCUUGAGGUUCUCUCCGGAGAAUUCUGAUCAGAGACAUUCCCACUCCUUCUUACCUUUCUCAGGGGGACCAAGGAGCUGCAUCGGGCAGCACUUUGCCAUGGUGACACUGAAGGUGGCUCUUGCCUUGAUUCUGCUCCGCUUCAGAUUGACUCCAGACCCCACCAGACCGCUUGUCGUCUUGCCCCAGAUCAUCCUCAAACCUCAAAAUGGGAUCCACUUGUACCUGCAGAAGCUUCCCAACUCUUAGAGGCCAAGAUACGCUAAUGAUUGAAUCUUUUUGUUGUUGCUUCAAAGUGAAGUUACAUCGAAUGAGAAGAAUCAAGGUAUGGGGGGAUAAGGAGAUGGGCGAAAUCUCAAUGGAGCAAACACUAUCUCAGAUAAGAUCCAAGCUCACCUAAAUCUAUUCUGGAAAAGGUUAAGAGAGUUUCCAGAUCUUAAAAGUUCUGUCUGAGAGGAUCCUGGCUACUAUUACUCCUACCGAGAAUUUUUCCUAGGCCAUA